UUGUUGCACGGCACUGCACCUGUUGCCGAACCAGCUCACCUGCGCUUUACCUUGGAUUUAUCUCUUUUCCGAAUGCGCAAAUGAUCCUUUCGUUCAGUCAUAUCCACUCGACAACUGAUCGAUAAUCAUGAAGAGGGGAAAGUUGCAUUUUCUGGGUCGAAAGAACCAGUCUCUUUUCGACAGCAAUAUUCCAAUCAAGGACAUGGAAAAUGUGGAGCUGGUGCUGAAGUCCCCAGCGAUCCCCGAGUCAGGAACUGCCAGUGUGCGGGCCAGACCCACCGUCAAGCACAACACUUCCUCAUUUGAAAGCUUUCAAGGGUUUGCUGUCGCAACACCCAAAAUACCCCUCCUACCCCCUGUCAACACUCCAAAGAUCAACGGUUCAGUUGGUGGAGAUAACUUCUCCAAUGGAUCGGUUAUGUCCAUGCCUGACCUCGAAGAGGGAGGAUUGUUUGUUCCUCCUCCUCCUGCUAUGGCUCCUCCACCCCCCCCAGGAGCUUUUAUCCCUCCUCCAUUAGACUUCAUGGGGGACCUGAACAGUCUAAAUGUGGAAACCCCUCCCUCUCUCUCCAUGCCAGACCCGAGACCAGCCUCACUAGCACCAUUCAUGGAGGCGGAAGACUUAACCUUCAUAAAACCCCCACCAAUGGCUCCCCCAGAGCCUCCACCCACUCGCUCCAAUGGCUUUGUAUCGACCGUCCCCAUUUCCAGUCCACCGUCAAACGUACUUACACAGCGGCCGACUUUCUCUCCACCUGCUCCUCCUUCUGAAAGUCAACACAAGUCUCAAAAGAAACCACCUCCAAAACCUGUUAGACUGUCAUCAAUGUCCAACUUGGACUCGCCACCAGCCACUCCUGCUCCAUCGCCCCCUGGGAAGAAAACCACACGCUCCACUUUCAAUCCUCAAAACAUAGCAAAGCCUUUCUAUGUUCCUCAGACCUCAAUUCUCAGUGGGUAUGAAGAGCAAGAGUCAAGAAGCAAGCAAAUAUUGCUCCUAGAAGAUUCUGCGUCCAGUAACUCCGCACCAGUUCAUGUCCAGGUUGAUGCGAAAGCCAAAGUGGCUCCGCCUUAUAAACCAGCUCCCAAAGAUGUACAGGAGCUGAAGGAGAAUUUACCAAUUACCCAACCCUCUGAAUCACCGCCUUCUGCGCCAACCAAGGAGGCUAAAGAAGGGAUAGUUUCAGUACAGCCCGAAUUUAACAAAACUCUCCGAGCUCCACAUCAAACGUCACCACAGCUGCACAAACUAAACGGUACUCAGGUAAAUUCAGAGCCCAUCAGGGACAGAUUUGUCGGAUCUCCAAGUCAAAGCCGUAAAUUUAGUCCGAUACUAGAUCGUAAACUACGCAACCUGAAGGGUGGUGACACCCAUGGGCCACGAGAUGGACCUGCUGCGUCCCCGCUGGCUCUUUUAAUGGCGGCUAAAGAAAGAGACAAACAUAAAUGGGCUCCCCCUGUAUCACAGGAGAACAGCAGCAAGACGAUUGAGCAGCCAAGUGCCAGCAUUCAACCGAGUGACACCGGCCCCAAUUCAUUUAUUGUCACACCAAGGUCCAGCACAUCCACUUCUCUAACAUCUCUGGACAGAGUACAGGAGGGUCUAAAGUCCGUCCGUCCUGCGGUACAUACACCAGCAGUUCAGGCUCCAAUCAAAUCCAGCAGUGCUGCUCCGGCCAAGGAUCCGAUAUCAUCGGCGCGUUCAGCUGUCAGUAGGACAGUAGCAAGUGCGACCAACACGGUUGAGCUAAACGCAACGCAAAGCCCCUCAAAGUCACAACACACACAGCCUGAGGAGAUAAUUAUGCCCCUACUCCCUCCACCGCCAGAGUUUGAUGAUUUUGAAGAGCCGCCGACCUCCAUCUCUCCCCCUGACCCUCCCAGGAAAAAGGCACCGACAGGAACGGAGAUCCCUCGGCCUCCAUCUCAUGUUCCUCCUCCCCCACCAAGACCCCAAAUACCAGAAGCUCCAAAACUUCCCUCUGCCGAAAUUUACGUCAAACCAAAGCAGCAAACCCUGAUGAAACCCAAGACAGCCCCUGCUCAGCUCCCAUCCACUAUUUCACCCAACCAGGCCACGCUGCUGAGCAUCCUCCAAAAGAAGAUGAUGGAAAUGGACCCGAAAAUGUCCCCGGCAAACGAAGCAGAGUCCUCCUCCGAUGACUGGGGCGCCCCCAUGUCCGACGAGGACAAUAAGGUGCCUGUUGGCCACAGAACUGCACCACAGAGCAAUAAUUACCCUGCGGUCAACAAAGCAGCAACGUUGAACAUGCAGGAGCUGGAGCGUAAAGUGGCUAAAAAGUAUGAGGAAACUUCAGGGAAAGUUCCCAAUGGCAACGGGACGCAGUCAAAACAUCAGUAUGGGAUGACCUUUACUGUCCGGCCUGGAACACAGCAGCCCAUUACUCUGGUCCGUAAAGGGGAUCCCUAAUGAGACUUUUUAAAGAGAUACGUAUUCUUCUGUUUAGCUCACCUUGCAUGGGAUUGGAUCAUGUGUUUUUGCUUGAGAAGGCAUUUGUACAGUGGCGAGGGAGAAGCACUUUGAACAAAUGACCUAACAAAUAUGUUAGAAAUGUUCCGUAUAGUUAUUAACGAACGCCUCAAUCUUUGGAGAACACACUAUCACUGUCAAAUGGUGUUUUCUGUUAUGUAUUUAAUUUUAAAUGUCAGGUGGACCAUUUAAAAAAAAAUGAAUUUGCUGUUUGCUUUUUAAGUCAAUGUCCAUGUUAAUGUUGGAAUUAUUCCCCUUUUUAACCAAAGCUUUUUUUAAUCGGUCUUAAUGCAACAUGGGUGAAAUCAAUUUAAAUUACAUUAAUUUAAUUUAAAUUAAUUUAAGUUAUCCACAGCUGGCAAGUGUAAGGUGGGUGAAAAAUGAAUCUGCAUUACUCUUGAUACAUGUCAACUUGCAUUUAUCUGUACAUUUUGUUGUAAAAAAAUGUAAAAUGGAACUAUUGCAAUUUGUUUUGUAGUUACAGGAGUCCCAUAAUUUAAAUGUUCAUCAUACACAUGAUUUAGUUCCAUUGGCACAAAGCCAACAGUUAAUUCAGUUGAAGUGUGUUUAUCUCUCAGCAGGAUUGUUUCAUAUUUAUUGUUGGAAAUGCUUGCCCAUCUGUAUAAUACUUUUACUUCAUGCUGUACAUAUUAUUUUCUACAAGAUUAAGAUAUUGCAAAUCUUGAUUGUAAAGUCUUUGAACAGACAUUUUCAACAACUAAUCUGAAACUAAAGGGAAUGUGUGUGAUCAACAAGAAACUUUAGUGAGGAGCGGUAAACGGGCCGAUGUCAUGGUGCUUUUGGGUUUUUAUGAAAAUAGAACUGGAACGACAGUUGCAACGUGGUACCAUAACUUGAAUAAACUUUUUUC